AUGGCAACAAGUUUGCUGAAUUCUUCCGUACUCUGGGUAGAAAUAUACUCUCGACAUCUUGAACGCGUAUUCCUACCACACGACAUAUACUCUGAGCUUGAUAUUGUACAAUGUCAACAGCUUAGUACACCACGUGAAAAGAUUAAACAUUUCACUCCAUUAGAAGAUGUUAAUGUAAUAGAUGCCAACUUAAUCCCUAAAAAAUCACUAAGCUAUGUUGAAAUAAGUCCAAAAAUGCUUAAAGAGUUUCCAAAGAAGGCUAUCAUUCGUCUUACGCACAUAUACAAUACUAUUUUGCGCUUGGAAUACAUUCCAGAACAAUGGAAACGGGCAAAAGUGAUUAUGUUACUCAAACCAGGAAAACCACUAGAAGAUGUCACAUCAUACCGGCCGAUAUCAUUCCUACCAGGUUUGUCUAAACUCUUAGAGAAAUGUUUACUUAAACGUCUAAAACCAAUCAUAGAAGAAAAGCAUCUUAUACCGAAUUAUCUGUUUGGAUGCCGCAACAAACAUUCGACAAUCGAUCAAGUCCAACGCGUCACCAACGUUAUAAGUGAAGCUCUUGAAGAAAAACAUUACUGUUGUGGAGUGUUCCUUGACCUAGCUCAGGCUUCUGACAAAGUCUGGCACAAGGGUUUCUUCAUCAAAUUGUGUGAUCAACUGCCACAUACCUGGUGUGCACUUUUUGAAUUAUAUUUAACUGACCGUCAAUUCCGAGUCAUACAUAAAGAAGCAAUAACCGAAUGGAAAGAUAUAUUAGCUGGAGUACCACAAGAUAGUGUCUUAGGAUCUAUCUUGUACUUACUUUACACAACUGAUACGCCAAACGAUAACAACACAACGGUAGCUAUACUUACCGAAGAUACGGCAAUUUUGUCGACAAGUAAAAAUCACCUAACUGCAACUGAUAACUUACAAGAAUUAAUUGACAAUGUCUGGACGAGACGUUGGAAAAUGCCAUCGAUGCCACGAUGCCAUUUACCGCUAUAUGAUACUGCUUACAAAAGCUGA